AUGUCAGCCGGCGAGGGCUAUCUCCAUCCUCCGUCCAAUUACAUCGGCGCCAUGACAUGCCCCAACAGCCAGGCUGCGAACUCCUUCUUCGUGGACUCGCUGAUCAACGCCAGGACGGAGAGCGGCGGCGCCGCGUACUACCAGGGUAACGGCGUCUAUCUGUCGCCGGACUACUCUUAUGGACUCCCCGCCGGCUCCCCCUGCUUCUCGGCCGUCGGGAAGCGCGGCGAGCCAAGUUCCCAAACCAUGAUACCGUCCUCCGGUCCGUACGUCCAGGGCAUGGAGACGUGGCUGGAGACGUCGCGGUCCUGCCGCGCCGACCAGUCCGGCGGCCAGCACAUGGCCCACUGCUCGUUCUCCCCGAGCAUCAAGGAGGAGAACGCCUACUGCCUCUACGAGCCGGACAAGUACCCUAAAGGAGCGGCGGCGGCGGAUGACUUGUCCUACUCGCGCGUGACGCCCGCGUCCUGCCCCGUCACCGCCGGCACCGUCCCCGUGCCCGGCUACUUCCGCCUGUCGCAGACUUACGCGUCCGCCAAGGUUUACCACGACGCGCAGCCGAACGUGACCCCCCACUUCAACGUGCAGCGCCCGGGCCGCUUCGAGACCCCGCAGACGCACCCGCCCGCCGCCUCGGUGGAGGCGGACAGGAGGGGCAGCGAGGAGGCGAGCGUUCCGGCGCCGUGCGCCCCCGCCAGAGAGGAGGACCGGCGCGCGUCCUCGGAGGGCUCGUCCUCCCCCGAACCCGCGGACCCGUGCGGAGAAAGGCCGGAACAGGCUGUCAAAGGGGACGGGAAGCUGGACAGCACGGCCACCUGGCUCACAGCCAAGAGCGGCCGCAAGAAGCGCUGCCCCUACACCAAGCACCAGACCCUGGAGCUGGAGAAGGAGUUCCUCUUCAACAUGUACUUGACUCGCGAGCGGCGGCUGGAGAUCAGCCGCAGCGUCCACCUGACCGACAGGCAAGUCAAGAUCUGGUUCCAGAACCGCAGGAUGAAACUGAAAAAGUUGAGCCGGGAGAACCGAAUCCGAGAGCUGUCCAACAACUUCAGCUUCUCGUGAGACUGGGAGGCGUGUGCGUGCGUGUGUGUGUGUGUGUGUGCGCGUGUGUGCGUGUGCGUGCGUGUGUGUGUGGCUCCCUCCUCCCUCAAUGUGCAGAACCCUCAACUGUGAGAAUGUCCAGCCAUGGAAUAAUAAUAAUAGACCCUUUUUUUGCUGUUAACUUAUUGUUUCACACUUGAGUUUGUUUUUGUUUUUUGUUUUGUUUUUUAAAAAAAUGUUAUUUCCGGUCUGUCUGUCUCGGAUACGUGUAUUUAUAAAUGGCUACAUUUACGAUGUUCAUUGUGUAUAAAAUGUUGCUGAUGUGACAACGUGGUUUUUGGAAGCUGGCGGCCGGUGCAGGUUUGCGGAGGGCUCCGCAUGCUGGACUCGCCGCUGGUCUCUCUCUCUCUCUCUCUUUUUCCCUGUCUGGUAUCGCGAGUCUGUAUGACACUGCUACAGAACCCGAAGGGUUCGACGAACAUUUGCACACUUUUUUGCUGGUCAAAUUAAUAAA